UGGCUCUCGGGUCUCUGCCAAGGCUCUUACCUAUAUAGACCAUACGGCUUCAUGCAGUAUGGGGAUCCCUGCUUGCUUGAAGCUACUAGCUGGCUAGCCAGUCCGGUGAACUUGGCUUUCAAAGUCUCACAUGCAGGCUCUGCAGCAACUCAUGCUGUGCGCGAGGGUCCAUUCAAACCGGCCCUGGGAUCUGCACAGAGCUUGUCUGCCUGAGCACACGACUUUCUGGACCGCUGGAGCCUUCAGCAUUGGCACUACUGUAGAAUUGCUGGAUCUCAGGUACUCCUUGUGGCAUUACUUCCUGUAGAUCUCUUUGUGGUAACCCUGAUGCACCGGAUGUCUUGGGCGUGCUUGCCCAUCUUGGGUAAUUGCUUUAAUCUGCAAGAAGAGAACAGGCGACCGCCUGGAUAUGAAGAUCCCAAGAUUUUGGCAAGUGAGACUGCUUUUACCAUCAGUGAAGUAGAGGCCUUGUAUGAGUUGUUUAAAAAGGUCAGCAGCUCGCUCUCCGACGACGGGGUUAUUCACUUGGAGGAGUUCAAGGAGGUCAUGUUUGGCAAUGCUUCAGUGCAGAACAUUUUUGCGGAUCGGGUGUUUGAGCUGUUUGACAUGGAGCACAACGGAGUGAUUGGGUUUGGAGAUUUCAUUCGGUCCUUAAGCAUCUUCCAUCCAAACGCUCCAGUCCAACAGAAGAUUGAUUUUGCGUACCAUCUGUAUGACCUUCACGAGACGGGGUAUAUUGAGUGGGCGGAGGUCAAGGAGAUGUUGAUGUCGCUUAUGCAAGAGAAUACGAGCCUUGAGCUAAAUGAAGAGCAGAUAGACGCUAUUGUUGAUCAAACUUUUGAAGAGGCAGACAUCAACAAAGAUGGGAAGAUUGAUCAACUUGAAUGGCAAGAAAUGGUCAAGCAUCACCCAGCAACCCUUUCCAAGAUGACACUCCCACAGUUGAAGGACAUAUCCACUCAGUUCCCAAGCUUUGUGUUUAACUCGAAAGUAGAUGAUUGGCAAGAUGCAUCAAGGAGGCCCAACGUGGAUAGAAGUAGCCGGUAGAAGGAUCGAGUUACCACCUGUGAUCGAGAUGCGCUUGUUCGCAGGGUUGACAAAAGUCGCAAAGAAACAAUCGUUCCGCAUCCUUGUAUAGGUUAAAAGGUGUGAACCGGUUUGUUAAAGCUUUGGAGACCCCAUAUAUACUCAUAGAAAAGGACUUCGCCAAUUGGCCCAAGUGAUGCAAGACAUCAUCAUUGAUAUGACUUUAAAUUUGCUCAUCUAGUAUCUGUCCAAAUCCUCGCUAACGGUUGCAGUCAUUGGAUUGGUGAGACACUAGUGACAAGAAACGUAAGUUGAAAGUGUGUACUUGGGCGCCGGUACUUAAUUAGAGAAGUUUUACGCACU